AUGCGAUGCGCGAGCAAGGCCGCCGAGAGCGCGUCUGCACGUCUCUGUGCGGACGCCGAAGCAGAAACAACAGCAACUGAUGUCUCAUCGGUUGCUGAAGCGACUCAGCCUGUGUCACUUGGUGAUGCAGGCGCUGGUCAUGAAGACACUCGUGUCUUCACAGAGUACGAGCUGGGUGACUCGUACUCUCCUGAUACGGAUGACGGAUCCGUAUCGACGGUGAUUGAAUCUAAGCCGCCUGCCAAGCGUCAUGCAUGGACGAUGCUUUGCGUCGCAGCAUCUUUGCGAGGUGCCAGUACUUCUGUCGGCACGUCGCAGGAAGAGCGGGACCGCAAGGUGUUGCGUCUCGCUCCAGAAAAGAAGGCAUGGAUGCCUCCUAAAUCUGUCAUGGAUCACUUGUCGGCGACGACGAGUGAUCGUUAUCGAACACGAUUGUUCGAUUCGUCAAGGAUCCAUCACCUUGACCCCAGCGCGAAAAACUAUCGCGCUGAACAUGAAUUCUUCAUCGAUGCUUUCUUUAGACAUCGAUGGUACAGUGGGAAUCACAAACGUGAUGGUCCCUCACUACUUCAGGCGUGGAACGCCUACAUCCAUAACCUCGAGGAUGUAGGUCGUGACGCUUGGAACGACAAACUUAUCAAAGCUCGUGAUAAGUUUGAAAAGCGAACCCCGACAGGUGCACGCUACAAGCUGCAUCGUCUGUCAAGGUAG